GAAAGUUGCAACUGCUGCACAAGUAAUGAGCCAUACUGUGGCAGCAACUUUGCACAGCUUUGUCAGUAGAGAUAUUUUGCCAAUCGAAGCUACUAUUACAGCUUCAUUUGUGGCAGAUGUGGAUGCUAUCUUUGAUAGCUUUAAUGGAACUGAACAGUAUCCACAGUCUGGCAAGCCAUUGAGGUGUGCACUGUCUGCCAACAGCCCACAUAUUGAAUUCUGGCAAGAUGAAGCUAAAAGCAAAGUUCAGAAAUGGGAGUUUUGCUUUGAUCCAACUGCUGAUCGAAGACUAAACAGAGAAAGGAAACAAAAGCCUCCACCACUAACGCCUGGUAAGCAUCGUAGUUUGGUAUCUCGUCCUCCUUCACAGUGGGGCUGGAUUACAUCUAUGAAUGCUGCAGUUCAUGUGUGGCGUGUUUUGUCGGAAGCUGGGUUUCGGUUCCUGCAGCUUAGGAACCUUAACCAGGAUGCUUUGGAAAACUUGUUUGGAGCAAUUCGAUCUUACUGUGGGUCUAAUUAUAACCCAACAAUAUAUCAGUUCUCAGCAGCAUUGAAGACAGCUGUUAUCAACAGUUUGGCAUUUAAAGGUUACUCUGGUAAUUGUCAGGCAGAUCACGCAACAGUUUUGAGUGAUUUACAUACUUUUCUUUUUGGACUUGAACCCUCUGAUAAAAAUGCUAGUUCUGGUGAUGUAGUUGUGAAGCCUUGUUAUGACAGUUAUGUUAAUGCAGUGGCAGAUAUUGAAAAUGCAGUUCAGUGUGGAGACAUAUCUGUACUGCCUGAUGCAUAUGUGGCUGGUUAUAUAGUCCGUAAAGUGUUGAAGAAGGUUGUGUGUGAAGAGUGCAGUAGGCUGUUAGUGGGUAGUGAAGAAGACUUUUGUAACACAGCAAUAUGUUUCAAAGAGUUUUCAGAUACCACCAGCAGAUUAACUUAUCCAUCACAGUGUACAGUUAAAUUAGUCAGGCAAUGUGCAUUACUGUUUGAAGGAAUUAUGGCUAGUAUUUCGCACUCCAAUGAUCUGCUAAAAACAGUAUCCAUUGAAUUUGAAAAUAAAUGUGACUUUAUGUGGUUGAAGGAAGGUAAAUGUCAGGAACAUUUGGACAUCAUCAAAAAUUUCCUUAUGAAGGGAAUCUGUGAGAUUUUAGUGAGGUGGUGGUGUAAGAGGGUAAACAGAAACUUAAUUUCAUCCAAGAAAAUGAAAAAGCACUGUAGGAAAAUGUCAGUUCUGUCACACAGGUAGAAAUGUACAAAACAGUUCACACAAAUAUGUGUAUAUGCAGCCUAAGUCUAAAAUUAUGAUGGGUAUUUGCCCCCUGUGAUUUCUCUUAUUAUUUCACAUAUUCUUUUAUUCAUUAGUAUUAUGGUAAUGAUAGAGACUUGUUGCAAAAUUGAUAUACAGUGAUAAUAGUUAAUGUAUACUGUAUUAAAUCAUAUUGUUCUGUAGUAAAAUUGUCACUUGAGCAUUGAUUGGUUGGAUGUAACAUAAUGGCUUUUAAUUAUUUCUUAUUCCUGUGUAGACAGCCCAUUUAAAAGUGUACGAAUACAUUGUGUGAUGAUAUUUUUGUGCAAAUUAAGGAAGUAAAUAUUGUAUUAGGUAGAUUUAGAAGAAAGACUACCUAUAGUGGCCCUUAACAUGGUGUGACUUCCAGUAAAUUUUUGUAAAUUUUUGGUUGCAUGGUUCAUUGACACCAAACCCUAAAUCAUCUCAGAAGUUUAUAUAUAUAUAUGUAAAUGUGUGUGUAUGUAUGUAUCUAUCACAUUUUUAUUGAAAUGUUAACUUCUGCAAAUUUUCACCAAUCACUUUCAAGCUGAUGCAUAAAAUUUAGGAUUAGAAAAUAUUGGCAGAGUUCGAUAAUGGGCAAAAUCCGAUGUAGGUAUAUAAAUUAGGAAGAUUUAUUGAAAAAAAAAAGUUUAUAACUCCCGUAUGACAAUUAUCACUUCAGUUUGCAUGUAGUAUAAUUCAUAGGAGUUAUAAGAAAACUUGUCUAAUAACAUUUUUUUUAAAUGACAUAACCAAAACUGCAAGGGUGAGGGCCUUACACCUAAUGUGGUUUGAUAUUGAGGUUAUUUAUGGUGGGUGCCACCACAUGAAUGGGCACGUGAACCCGUCUGAGACUCCUGGUCAGUGUGUUAUGUGGUAUGUGUGAGGUGAGAUAUUGACCCCCUUAAUUAUGCUCAUUUUCAGAGACCUGGCCAUCUCUAGGCAUCGAGCAUGCCACAUUGAUAUAGACACAUUAGGACUACAGGGUAUGGUGAUGCAUGGCCAGUAAUACAGUGUGUUGUAUAUAAUUUGUCAUAAAUAGCAUUUUGCAAUAAUGUUCAUUAAUUAACUGCGAGCUACUUUGUUCCCAUGGAAUUAAUUGAUUAAAUACAUUUUAAACCAUCUUUAUUUUGUUUCCAAAGAUAAAUUUUUUACUACUACUUAUUAUUGCAAGGGAUGAAAAAUAGUGUUUGAAGGUCAACAAUAAAAAUUCAUAACUACCUUAUUACGCAUAAUAGGAAAAUUAUUCAAAGCUCAUAAAAGCUGGAUGCAUAAAAUUUUAAAUAUUCAAAACAUUUCCUCUACAUGGAAUAUGAGAAAAUGUUUUAGCAAUCAUUAUGGAAUAUUAGACAAUAUGAUAUGUCUAUUACAUUUUCAAGAGGUUUAUAGAAGUUUUCAUAACUAUUCCAGAAUAAAUAGGUGCCUGUAGGCUGUGGUCAAAUGUUUUUUUUAAUCUACUCAAUUUCUUAGUGAAUUCUAACCUUAAAACUUUUAUAACUCAAUAUAUGGUGUUACAAAAUGUCAAUACUUUAGCAUACUCAUAAUGUAUUACAACCGUUUAUUUUAUUUAUUUAUUUCAUUUCGUUCAGUCGAUCCCAUAUGGAGGUAUUCCAGGGAUACAGAACAUGUCAGAGGUCACUGAGACAUAUACAUAUAUACAUACAAUAUUGUUACAAUUGUCAGUUUUUGUAUGUAUAUUUUUGAGGGAUAUUUUACAAACCCCCCUUUAUUUUUUAAUUUACAUUUUGGUUUUUUUUUUUUUUAGUGGCUGCAUUUUUUGUUCCCACUUAAUGUUUAAAUAUUUCCAUUUCUUGUUUAGUAAUCAGGUGUGUUGUAUUUUUUUGGGGCUAUGGCUAAAAUGUUACAUGCUUUAACUGAAGUGUUUGUUUUUAUCAGUAUAUCAUGCUUUUAAAUAAAAUUGGGAUACAUGUUUAAUAAAAAAAAAGUUUUACAGGUUUCUCAACCUCGUUGAAAUUCCUUGAAUUUUGCCUGUCAUGUCAAAGCCUGGAAAAUUCCUACAACUACUCGAGUGUAUGGUCUUUAAUGUUAAUAGAGAAAAUCACAAAAUGUUACUGUUUUUUACUAAUUAAAAAUUAUUUUUGUUUGUACUAUUAAAUGAUCAUUGAAACCAGUAUCAUUAGUACUGGAAUAGUUUUAACCAACUGAUAGACAAAACCUCACCAACUCUGUAUUGUAUAUAUGAUAAAUCUAAUGUAUUUGAAUGCUGUUCAUGAUCCAUGUAAAAUGCUCAAUGCCUUAAUUACUUAAAAGUUAUUAAUGUGCAAGGACCUGAAGUUUUGAAUAAAAUAAUUAAAUAUAAUUAAAUACCUAGCAUUUGUUUUGGAAGAGCAUUAUGUAUAAUAUGGAAAUAAAAUCAACCAUUUUAGUGGAAGUAAA